UAUUCUCUUCCCACACUCUCUCCUCAUAUCCAACGAUCCGCAUUCCCCCUCCUCCCCAAAUCUAAAUCUCCACCCUCCAUUCAGAUCCAUUUGUAAUAACACUAUCGCCAUUUUCAUCUCUGUUUUUCUUCGUUCUUUCUCAGAUCUUGCUCUUCUUAUUUUCCCUCUCUAGACACAGACAUUGUAGUGAGAGAAUUAUUAUCCUCACAAACUUCCCGUUUUGCCCUCGACAAUGGUGGAAGCACAAACAUGGGCAACAAGGAGAAUGAGCAAUCCAAGACUGGACGCAAACACAGUCACCACCGCAACAACCGACCAAGUUCUUGAUAUUCCGGCGACCCCACCGGGAGACGUACGUAACAAUGCAUAUAACUCAACCGUCGGAUCAUAUUUCUCGUCGAAUAUUUCAACGGCAAUGAUUAUUGCAUCAUGGUACUUCUCCAACAUUGGUGUAUUGCUUCUGAACAAGUAUCUCCUCAGUUACUACGGUUUCCGUUACCCGAUAUUCUUGACAAUGUUGCACAUGAUUUCUUGCGCUAUUUAUAGUUACGUAGCUAUUAAGUUUCUUGAAAUAGUCCCGUUACAGCAUAUUUUAUCAAGAAAACAGUUUUUAAAAAUCUUUGCUUUGAGUCUUAUUUUUUGUUUUUCAGUUGUUUGUGGGAAUACUUCGUUGAGAUACUUGCCGGUUUCUUUUAACCAAGCAAUUGGGGCAACGACGCCGUUUUUCACUGCUAUUUUUGCUUUCUUGAUUAUUUGUAAGAAAGAAUCAGCUGAGGUUUACUGUGCGCUUUUGCCUGUUGUUUUUGGGAUUGUUUUAGCUAGUAAUAGUGAGCCUUUGUUUCAUUUAUUUGGUUUCUUGGUUUGCAUUGGUUCAACUGCUGGACGUGCUUUGAAAUCUGUUGUUCAAGGGAUUAUUUUGACUUCAGAUUCUGAGAAAUUGCAUUCUAUGAAUUUGUUGCUUUACAUGGCUCCUAUGGCUGCUUUGAUUUUGUUACCGUUUACUCUUUACAUAGAAGGAAAUGUGGCUGCAAUUACUAUUGAGAAAGCGAAAUUUGAUCCUUUUAUUGCGUUCUUGUUGAUUGGGAAUGCUACUGUGGCUUAUUUGGUGAAUUUGACGAAUUUUUUGGUUACCAAACAUACGAGUGCUUUGACUCUGCAAGUUCUUGGCAAUGCUAAGGCUGCUGUGGCUGCUGUUGUUUCGGUUUUGAUCUUUAAGAAUCCGGUGACGGUUAUGGGAAUGACGGGAUUCGCGGUUACAAUUAUGGGGGUUGUGCUUUACAGUGAGGCUAAGAAGAGAUCCAAGGUUACUACUCAUUGACUGAAAGAUUUAGAAUUGAAAAGAAAGGAAAAAAGAAAAGAGAAGAGAUUCAUUUUGAUUGCUACAAACACUGGUGCGGUUUCUUUCUUCUUCUUUUGCUUUAAUUAUUACUUUUGCUUUAUAAUGUUCAAUCUCCAUUAGAUUUAAUGGAAGAAAAAAAGGGAAUUCGGAUCGAAUUGGACUGUACAGUACAUUGGAACAAAGGGAAAAGGGCUAUGCUUUUUUCCACCUUUUCUAUUUUUUUGCCUUUUAAAUUGUUACUGUUAGGAUGGUUAUUAGAGAAUGAAAUUCUCUCUCACUUUUUCCUGUGUGUAACCUUAUAUAUUGAAUUCGACUCAAUUGAAACAGAACAUGAACUGAUUCGAACAUUGAUAUUUUAAUUGGAAGAUAGAACAAAGUUCUUUCUUUUCAUUUGUUAAA